AAAUCCAGGCUGUACAACGGAAGUGAACCGUAGCGUUUCCGUUCACGCCAUAGUCACUUCUCCGGUGAGAUAACUAACAUCACCGCUGUUCUGGUCGAGAAGGCCAAAUAGCAAAAGAGUCAUGUUGCGACUGCCAGCAGUUGGUCGAGCUCUAGCCGGGGCUGCAAAGGGCAGCCUGGCUCCUUCCAAUCCCGUGCGCUCUGCUGUGCGCGCUGCCAGCAACAUGGUGGAAGUGUUUGUGGAUGGGAAACCAGUAGAGGUGGAGCCUGGGACCACAGUCCUGCAAGCUUGUGAGAAAGCAGGAAUUCAGAUCCCGAGGUUCUGCUACCACGAGCGUCUCUCGGUUGCAGGAAACUGCCGGAUGUGUCUUGUGGAGAUUGAGAAAGCCCCAAAGCCAGUGGCAGCCUGUGCCAUGCCCGUCAUGAAAGGUUGGAAUAUCCUCACAAACUCGGAAAAGACACACAAAGCCAGAGAGGGUGUGAUGGAGUUCCUGCUGGCAAACCACCCACUGGACUGCCCCAUUUGUGAUCAGGGUGGAGAGUGUGACCUGCAGGACCAGUCCAUGCAAUUCGGCUCAGACCGCAGCCGUUUCACAGAAGGAAAGAGAGCAGUGGAGGACAAAAACAUCGGACCGCUCAUCAAGACCAUCAUGACCCGCUGCAUCCAGUGCACACGCUGCGUCCGUUUUGCCAGUGAGAUCGCCGGAGUGGAAGACCUGGGAACGACAGGAAGAGGAAACGAGCUGCAGAUCGGGACAUAUGUGGAGAAGAUGUUCAUGUCAGAACUGUCUGGGAACAUCAUAGACGUCUGUCCUGUCGGGGCGCUGACCUCCAAACCCUACGCUUUCACCGCCAGACCCUGGGAGACGAGGAAAACUGAGUCGAUUGACGUGUUGGACUCUGUGGGCUGCAACAUCGUGGUGAGCACAAGAGGAGGUGAGGUGAUGAGGGUGAUGCCCAGGCUGCAUGAAGACAUUAAUGAAGAAUGGAUCUCUGAUAAAACCAGGUUUGCUUACGAUGGGCUGAAGAGGCAGAGGCUGACCCAACCAAUGGUGAAGGACAAUUCAGGUCAGCUGACACCAACCACCUGGGAGGAUGCUCUCACUCGUGUUGCAGGAGCUCUCCAGAGCGUUCAGGGCAGCGAGGUCGCGGCCAUUGUAGGAGGGAUGGCAGACGCCGAAGCUCUGGUUUCCCUCAAAGAUCUCCUCAACAGACUCGACUCUGAGAGCCUCUGCACCGAGGAGGUCUUCCCCGUGGCAGGAGCAGGCACCGACUUGCGCUCCAAUUACCUGUUGAACUCCCGCAUCGCCGGCAUCGAAGAGUGUGAUCUCCUGCUGCUUGUGGGAACAAACCCUCGCUAUGAGGCUCCGCUGUUCAAUGCCAGAAUCCGCAAGAGCUGGCUUCACAAUGAGCUGCGCGUUGCCUUGGUGGGCCACCAGGUUGAUCUGACUUAUACAUAUGAGCACCUGGGAGAGGAGAGUUCAGUCUUGAAGGAGCUGGCCAAUGGCACGCAUCCGUUCAGUCAGGUCCUCGCAGCUGCAACACAUCCGGCUGUGGUUGUGGGAAGCAGUGCACUGCAGAGAGAAGACGGUGCUGCGAUACUGAGCGCCGUCUCCACCAUCGCUCAGAACGCCAGGGCCAGCAGCGGGGUGGAGGACGGCUGGAAGGUCCUCAACGUCCUGCACAGAGUGGCCAGUCAGGUGGCUGCCUUAGAUCUAGGCUACAAGGCCGGUGUUGACACAAUCAGGAAGAAUCCACCUAAAGUCCUGUUCCUGCUCGGAGCUGAUGCCGGCUGCAUCACCAGAGCCGACCUGCCGAAGGACUGCCUCAUUAUCUACCAGGGCCAUCAUGGGGAUGUGGGAGCUCCUAUGGCAGACAUCAUCCUACCUGGUGCUGCGUACACGGAGAAAAACGGUACCUAUGUCAACACUGAGGGCCGCAGCCAGCACACCAAGCUGGCUGUCACUCCCCCUGGCAUGGCCAGAGACGACUGGAAAAUUAUCAGAGCUGUAUCUGAGUUAGCAGGUGUGACGCUGCCCUAUGACUCACUGGAAGAGGUCCGAUCCAGGCUGGCAGAGGUCUCUCCCAACCUGGUCCGUUAUGAUGAUGUAGAGGAGGCGAACUACUUCAAACAGGCCAAUGAACUCUCAAAGACUGUAAGUCAGGACCUCAUUGCAGCUCCUCUGGUGCCACCUCAGGUCACCGCUAAGGACUUCUACAUGACCGACUCCAUCAGCAGAGCUUCCCAAACUAUGGCCAAGUGUGUCAAAGCUCUCACAGAGGGAGCCGCUGCGGUCGACGAGCCAUCCGUCUGCUGAACACCUCCAUCUGCCCUGAAACACAAGUCUCUGUUGUUCUAUAAUUUAAACUUUUCCUUGUUGUAUACAUUACAUUGUUUUCACUCUGUGAAGCAGCUUUAUUCAAUAAUGCUGAGAAAUAUAAAUAAAAUCUUAAGGAUGCCUUUA